AAGCGUGUCGGUUCAUUUUCUCGAUUCAACUUUCCAUUUCCAUCCUCGUUUUCUCUCUCACCGGAAGAACAUUUCGCGCCAAAAUUCCACCGAUUUCUCUCUCAGAUUUCAUUCGAACCCUCUCUUCUUCCUUCGAUCUUCAUUCUACUCUCUGUUAAGUGCUAUCUUCUUCAAUCUCUUCUUCUAUUCUCCGAUUUCUAUAAUGUUACGCAAAAGAAAAUUCUCAAUAUUUUAAACUUGUUAGUUAUAAUUUUUUCAAAUUUUUCGUUCAAAAUUUCAUAGUUUGUCGUGUGAUUUUGAUUUCUCCUACUUUUUUUUCUCGCUAGUGCAGAUUUUGUGUUCGGAUACGGUGAUUGAAUUCAAGUUCUGCGGAAACGAAGAAUUCAACAAGCAAUUGGCGUUUUGGUAAAUUGUAUGUCAACCCUUGGACAUGUGAAAGUAGUAUCUGACUGCUGAAAUGAGAUGCAAUGCAUGCUGGCGAGAAGUAGAAGGGCGGGCCAUUUCCACAACAUGUGGUCACUUGCUGUGCACAGAAGAUGCCAAUAAGAUAUUAAGCAAUGAUGGAGCGUGCCCUGUUUGUGAUCAAGUCCUUUCAAAGAGUCUUAUGAAACCUGUGGAUGUCAAUCCCAAUGAUGAAUGGGUCAAUAUGGCCAUGGUGGGAGUGUCUCCACAGAUAUUAAUGAAAAGUGCAUAUAAAAGUGUGAUGUUCUACAUUGGGCAAAAAGAACUGGAGAUGCAGUGUAAGAUGAACAAGAUUGUUGGUCAAUGCCGGCAGAAAUGCGAGAUGAUGCAAGAAAAGUUCACAGAAAAACUAGAGCAGUUACAUACUGCUUACCAAAAGAUGGCCAAGAGGUGCCAGAUGAUGCAACAGGAAAUUGAGAGCUUAACCAAGGACAAUCAAGAACUUCAGGAAAAAUUUGCUGAAAAAUCCAGGCAGAAGAGAAAAUUAGAUGAAAUGUAUGACCAGCUGAGAAAUGAGUUUGACUCUGUGAAGCGGUCUGCCAUACAGCCUGCAAGCAACUUUUAUUCCAGAAAUGAGCGUGAUUUGUUCUCCAACCCGCCCAACAUAUUGGAUGAAAGAGAAACUGGUCGAAAAGGUCCACCGGUAUUCACUCCUACCACUCCAGGACCAAGAGAGGAUGUAUGGCCAGCGAGGCAGAAUAGCAAUAACUCUGGUCACUUCGACAUAUCUGUUGGCUCACCAGCAAAACAAACCAUCAUUCCAGGGGAUGCUGGGAACAGAAGAGUUGGUGCUCACCCUGUUUUUGGACCUGGUGCUACUAGUAACCCAUCAAUGAAUUUGAGGAACUUGAUACUCUCUCCUAUAAAGCGGCCUCAGCUCUCACGUAACCGCACCAACCUAUUCACGUGAGGAAAAAACUCAAGUCUGCUGCUAAGUUGGUCUACUAUACACUUCUUAAUCUUCUUGUAUUUUGGUGUUUCAGAUUGUAGACUCAAGGAGGCCAACCUUCUAUGCCGUGUCAGUUAUGCGUUCUGAUUUGAUUCUGGCUUCAGUUUCCUUGCUCUUUUAUUUACCUUUUAGUUACAGUGAGCAGAGAAAAACGGUUCUAAAGUUUGCAUAUAUGAUAUUUUAAACUUAAGACCUUCAAAUUCUUAUAGACAAAGAAGAGCUGCUAGCAGGAACAAUGUAUAUAUAUCAUUUCUUUGCGUAGUGUCAAUCUAUAGAUAAUAGAUAAUUCCCAGCGUAGUUUAUGUGCGGUGAUUGGUGAAACUGAAAACUCAAGUGUGCCGCUGAAAAUUUCUCAA